CUGUCGUACGCGUCUGCUUGGACGGGGCAACUGAAACGCUUCGCGCACCUCCGCCUUGCCAGGCGCAGGUGGCGGCGGCGGGCGGCGGCGCUUCGCUGAGGGAGAGAAAGGAGAGCGCAGCCGCCUUGCUUGCUUUCCCGCCUGCCCGCCCCAGCCCGGCCUCAGUAGCAACAGCAGCACCAGGCGCGCGCGCUCCUGCUGGCGAGGGGAGGAGAAGGGAGCGCAGCGACAGCAGCUGUCACAGUAUCUUCUCCAGCGGCGGAAGGUUGCCAAGCUGAGGUGGCCGCACUACAGAGCGCCGCUGCCGAGGCUGGAGAGAGAGAACGGGGCGGGGGGGUGGAGGGAAAAUUGAGCCAGACGUCGAGCCUCGGCGCGAGCGAGAGCCAGCCUCUCGGAGCAAGGCAGUGUAUGAAGGAGCCCGCCUCGGAGCCGCCACCGAAGCCCUCAGCAGGCACCAGUUUCGCUGUGAAAGAGGGAGGAGGCGGCGGCGGCGGCGGCGAAAAGAACGACGACGACGACGACAACAGCAAGGCAAGAUGCUGCAAUUGGGCAAGGUCAGGACCUUGCACUGAAGAAGCCCGGGGGCGGGCGCCGCAGCCACCUCUCUCCCUCCAGCCCGCCUUGAGGAUUUGCCUUUUGUUAUUGGUAUAUGUUCGGGAAACAGCAAGCAGGGGCGACGGCAUUGGGAGCUAUGCCUGUUCCAGAUCAGCCAUCGUCUUCUGACAAGACAAGUUCCCUUAGCCCUGUGCUGAAUACAUCCAAUGGAGAUGGAUCUGAAACAGAGACCACAUCUGCCAUUUUGGCAUCCGUCAAGGAGCAGGAGUUACAGUUUGAAAGGCUUACACGAGAACUUGAAGCUGAACGGCAAAUUGUAGCCAGCCAGCUGGAAAGAUGUAAACUUGGAUCUGACACUGGAAGCAUGAACAGCAUUAGUUCGACUGAAGAACAGUUUCAUUGGCAAACUCAAGAUGGCCAGAAGGAUAUAGAAGAUGAACUCACAACCGGUCUUGAACUGGUGGAUUCUUGUAUUAGAUCCCUGCAAGAGUCAGGAAUACUUGAUCCACAGGACUAUUCAACUAGUGAGAGACCCAACCUUCUAUCCCAGAGUGCACUUCAGCUCAAUUCCAAACCUGAAGGAUCUUUCCAAUAUUCAUCUAGCUACCAUAGCAACCAGACCCUUGCCCUUGGUGAAACUGCAACGUCACAGCUGCCAGCCCGAAGCAAUCAAGCCAGAGCUGCUAUACAGAACUAUAGCCAGGGCACCACCGGCCGGGCAGCCCAGCUCGCCGCCUCGGAGCUGCAGUCUCAGUCGCAGCCGCUGUCCCGGGAGUCCUUCGCGCCGAGCCAUGGGAGCGCCUUCCACUUGCCGGACUCCUCCUCCUCCUCGCAGCAGCAGCAGCAGCAGCCUUCGCCGGCCCUGUACUACUCGAGCUCCACGCUGCCGGCGCAGAGAGUGAGCUCGCCCCUGUCCAUGCAGCAGGUGGGCUCGCCGACCAAGCUCCAGCGGGCGGGCUCAGCCUCCGAGAGCGCCGCCGCCGGCUACAGCACCACGCAGCGGGUCUCCUCCCCCAAGCAGUCGCCGAGCCGCCUCGCCAAGUCCUACAGUACCAGCUCGCCCAUCAACAUCGUCGUCUCUUCGGCGGGGCUUUCCCCUUCCCCGAUCCGAGUCACCUCCCCGCCCACCAUCCAGUCCAACAUCUCCUCCUCGCCGAUCCACCAGCUGAGCUCCACCAUCGGCACCUACGCGACGCUCUCGCCCACCAAAAGGCUGGUCCACCCUUCCGAGCAGUACAGCAAGCAUUCCCAGGAACUGUAUGCCACGGCCACGCUGCAGAGACCCGGAAGCCUCGCAGCUGGAUCCAGGGCUUCCUACACCAGCCAGCAUAGCCACCUGGGUUCUGAGCUAAGGGCACUUCAGUCUCCAGAGCACCACAUAGAUCCUAUUUACGAAGACAGAGUAUAUCAGAAGCCCCCUAUGAGGAGUCUCAGCCAGAGUCAGGGGGACCCUCUUCAACCAGCACAUACAGGCACAUAUCGUACUAGCACAGCCCCAUCUUCCCCUGGUGUCGACUCCGUACCCUUACAGCGCACAGGCAGUCAACACGGCACACAGAACGCAACAGCGACCUUCCAGAGGGCCAGCUAUGCAGCAGGCCCAGCCUCCAAUUACGCAGACCCCUACCGACAGCUGCAGUAUUGUCCUUCUGUUGAAUCACCAUACAGCAAAUCUGGACCAGCCAUCCCACCUGAGGGAACGUUGGCUAGGUCACCUUCCAUUGAUAGCAUUCAGAAAGAUCCCAGAUCUUUCAUGAACCCUUUUUCCUGGAUGAAGGUUGCCUCCAAUAAGAUUUCAAAUACCCAUUCAAAUGUAGAGUUUGGAUGGAGAGAUCCAGAACUUCCAGAGGUUAUACAGAUGUUACAGCAUCAGUUCCCCUCAGUUCAGUCCAAUGCUGCUGCCUACUUACAGCAUCUUUGUUUUGGAGACAAUAAAAUUAAAGCUGAGAUUAGAAGACAAGGAGGAAUACAAUUACUGGUGGACCUGCUGGACCAUCGAAUGACUGAAGUCCACCGUAGUGCCUGUGGAGCUCUGAGGAACUUGGUUUAUGGGAAGGCCAAUGACGACAACAAAAUUGCUUUGAAAAACUGUGGGGGUAUUCCAGCAUUAGUUCGAUUACUGCGCAAAACUACAGAUUUGGAAAUCAGAGAACUGGUCACAGGAGUUCUCUGGAAUCUUUCCUCUUGCGAUGCACUAAAAAUGCCAAUUAUCCAGGAUGCCCUUGCAGUGUUGACCAAUGCAGUGAUCAUUCCUCAUUCAGGAUGGGAAAAUUCCCCACUCCAGGAUGACCACAAAAUACAGCUUCAUUCAUCACAGGUGCUGCGCAAUGCCACUGGGUGCCUAAGGAAUGUCAGCUCUGCAGGAGAAGAAGCCCGCAGAAGAAUGAGAGAGUGUGAUGGACUUACUGAUGCAUUGCUCUAUGUGAUUCAGUCUGCUCUAGGAAGCAGUGAAAUUGAUAGCAAGACCGUUGAAAACUGUGUGUGCAUUUUAAGGAACCUCUCAUACCGACUCGCUGCAGAAACAUCUCAGGGACAGCAAAUGGGAACUGAUGAACUUGAUGGUUUACUUUGUGGUGAUGCCAAUGGAAAAGAUGCAGAAAGUUCAGGAUGCUGGGGCAAGAAGAAGAAGAAAAAGAAAUCUCAAGAUCAGUGGGAUGGAGUAGGACCUCUUCCCGACUGUGCAGAGCCACCAAAAGGAAUCCAGAUGCUGUGGCACCCAUCCAUAGUCAAGCCCUACCUCACACUUCUCUCUGAGUGCUCAAAUCCAGAUACAUUGGAAGGAGCCGCAGGUGCACUACAGAAUCUGGCUGCAGGAAGCUGGAAGUGGUCAGUAUAUAUCCGUGCUGCCGUCCGGAAAGAAAAAGGCCUGCCAAUACUAGUAGAGCUGCUUCGAAUAGACAAUGACCGGGUAGUAUGUGCAGUUGCAACAGCUUUACGGAAUAUGGCCUUAGAUGUCCGAAACAAAGAGCUAAUAGGCAAAUAUGCCAUGCGAGACCUGGUUCACCGGCUUCCAGGAGGUAACAACAGCAACAGUUCGGCAAGCAAGGCCAUGUCUGAUGAUACCGUUACUGCCAUUUGCUGCACCUUGCAUGAAGUCAUCACAAAAAACAUGGAGAAUGCCAAGGCCUUACGAGACGCAGGAGGAAUUGAGAAGCUUGUUGGCAUUUCCAAGAGUAAAGGAGACAAGCACUCACCAAAAGUAGUGAAGGCAGCAUCUCAGGUCUUAAAUAGCAUGUGGCAGUACAGAGAUCUGAGAAGCCUCUACAAAAAGCGUGUGGCCCCAGACUUCAGAGUGGCUGAGGACAGAGGAUUUUCACCUACCCAUCAUUCUGAGUCAUGGCACGCUCAGCAUACCCUCUCCCAGAACCAAGAAACCAGAAUCUAUUCCCAAACCCAGGAUGGAUGGUCACAGUAUCACUUUGUAGCCUCAUCUUCAACAAUAGAGAGGGAUCGGCAAAGACCGUACUCCUCAUCGCGCACGCCUUCCAUCUCUCCAGUGCGCAUGUCUCCCAACAAUCGUUCAGCAAGUGCCCCAGCCUCACCUCGAGAAAUGAUCAGUUUGAAAGAAAGGAAAACAGACUACGAAUCAACUGGAACAAAUGCUGCUUACCAUGGAAAUAAAGGAGAACACACUUCUCGGAAAGAUACAAUGACAGCUCAGAACACUGGAAUCUCUACUUUGUACAGAAAUUCUUAUGGUGCACCUGCUGAAGAUAUUAAACACAACCAGGUUUCAACACAGCCAGUUCCACAGGAGCCCAGUAGAAAGGAUUACGAACCAUAUCAGCCAUUUCAGAAUUCAACAAGAAACUAUGAUGAGUCCUUCUUUGAGGACCAAGUGCAUCACCGCCCGCCUGCAAGCGAGUACAAUAUGCAUCUGGGACUCAAGUCCACCGGCAACUACGUCGACUUCUAUUCAGCUGCUCGGCCCUACAGUGAACUCAAUUAUGAAACAAGCCACUAUCCAGCAUCUCCAGAUUCCUGGGUUUGAGAUUUGGGCAAGAAGGGGGGGAAAAGCUCCAGGGACUGUGCAUGUGCAUGCAUACCACGAGACAUUCUUUUCCUGCAAAUUUAGUUUGUUAAAGCCUGUUCCAUAGGAAGGCCCUGAUAAUCAGUAUGGAAAAUUUAAAAUACUUGUAGAUGGCUAAAAGAAUUGGAAGCUUGAGCACGGAAGUCAGUAGGAAGGGGAGAAGUGUGUAUCUAUUUCUGUAUCUAUAUUAUCUUGUCUCUGUAUAUAUAGAUAUAGAAAUAUAUUGUGUGGGGCAGCUUUACAGUUGACCUUGUAUGUAGAGUUUAAAACAAAUAGUGCUGUACACUGAAUGUGGCUGAAAGAAAUGGGGGAGGUGCAACCGCUGAAGUGGGUCCAGAGUUAAGCACAAGACAACGAACAGUUUACAUACCUUAUGGGGGACAGCUUCUCACACUUUGUUUACUCUCCUCAUCCAUUGUGAAACUAGGCUUCAAGUUGCAUUUGGGGUUUCCUCUGUACAGCAAGAUGUUUCUUGCCUUUUGUUAAUGCAUUGUUGUAAAGUAUUUGAUGUACAUUACAGAUUUAAAGAGAGAGAGAGAGAGAGAGAAGUGCAUUGUGUAUAUUACACCAAUGCCACAGUGUUUCUUCAUCUAUGGUUCUAAAUAUUGCUUCAAUUUCAAAACUUUGAAAUAUGUAUGAAUUUCCAGGGGGGCGGGGGGAUGGGUUGUUUUUCUUUCUUUCUUUUUCUUCUUUUAUUUUCCCCAGUGCGUUUUAACAAGAGAAAACAAAAAUGGAAUAUUUAGCAGUAUUGUUCGUUCUGAUAUGUGAAUUUGUUUGUGGCAACUAAAAAAAAAAAAGGCAUUAAGCAGUUUCUGACAAUUAACAUUCAUCAUUCCACACUCCUUGUCAAUGAAGUGCUUUUUCACUGCCUAAAAUUUUAGAUGUAGAUAUUUGAAAUAGAUUUUUUCAUUUAUACCAGUUUUCUUUAUGAUACAGUGUUAAAAGAAAAUAAAUUACAAUUGAUCUGUCA